AGGCGAGCAAGGUGUCGAAGGCUGUCACGGUCUACCGGGGCACCUCCGGGGGGCGCCUCCCGAACCAGUUCUGGGUGAAGGACGACACGACCGGGGUCAAGGGAGGGGUGGAGUAUGGCUUCCUCAGCACGACCGUCGACCGCCAGGUGGCGAGGCAGUACUCGGGCGGCGCGGCGGGCACGAUCCUGGAGAUCCAGACGGGCAUGAUCGACAAGGGCGCGGACCUGUCGUGGAUCUCCCAGUACCCGCACGAGGCGGAGCUGUGCUUCCCCCCGCUCACGAACAUGGAGGUGCUGGGCACGAAGGUGGACGGCUCUGCCCUGGUGGUGUCCAUCCGGCUCAACCUCAACCUCACGUGCCCGACCAUCGACGACGUCAUCGGCAAACGGAAGAAGAUGGUUGUCGGCAUGUGCGAGAACCUCAAGCAGGAGUGCUACCACUACCUGAACUCCGACCUCUGGGCGGUGGUGCUGGAGGUCAACGGCGCCUUCUUCAGAUGCCUCGCCGGGGCCGAGGACGCGCAGAGGCCCGAGAGGGCCGCCGAAGCCGCCGACGCCCUGGAGAGGGUGAGGGCGGAGCGCGCCAGGCGCUCGGAGCACGACGCCGCCAGCAAGGCUGAGAGGGCGGCCUGGGAGGCGUUCGUGCGGCUGUCCCCGGGCUUCUUCGCGGCGGCCGCCGGGGAGGUCUUGGCGAGGGCGGCGCAGGCCACCGAGGAGGAGGGCCGCCUGAUCCACCGCGCCGUGGAGGGCGCGUUCCCCGCGCGCCUGGAGGAGGUCCUCGCCCACCCCGCGGACCGCUUCAACGAGGACGACUUCUUCAAGGAGCGGGUGGCGGAGGCCCUGGCCGUGAAGGAGAGCCUGCGCCUGGCGCUGGGCGACGCGCUGGCCCUGGCCGCCGAGGCGCUGGAGCGGGCCGCGCAGCGGAGCCAGACGAGCAUGAAGGAGACGGCGCACCUCGCCCGCACCGCCGCCGCGCACCGGGCCUGCAGCAUGGCCGCGGCCCUGCGGCGCGCGGAGCACGUCACGGCCUACAUCCCGGUGAGCCACGGGGACACGGACCUGCGGCGGCGCGGCCUAGCCGCCAAGGUCGGCCUCGAGGCGCGGCCCGGGGGCCUCUUCGCCACCAACGGCGGCCUGCUGGCCGAGCGGGGCCUGCCGGCGGGGCCCUGGCGCCUGGCGCGGGCAGUGCCCGCGGGCGCCAUCGGCGACCCCGAGGCGCUGGGUGGGCCCGUCAGCACAGAGGGGGAGCUGUUCUACCGUCUGGAGGCGCUGCAGGAGGCGGCGCUGGUGCUGGAGCGGCCCCGAAGCGAGGACGAGGCGAGGGCGGCCCUCGAGGCGCUGCUCUUCCUCGAGGAGGGCGGCGCUGCACGCAGCGAGGACCCGGCGUGGCGCCGCGCCCUCGAGCACGCGGCGUGGCGCCUGGCACAGGUGAGCCCCUUCGGUGGCUCCUGGACCCUCAGCGACCGGGGGCUCGGCCAGGGCGCCGCGGACGGCGCGCUGGUGCGCGCGCUUCCGGAGCUCGCAGGCCUGAAGGAGCUGAAGCUGUCGGGCAACCCGGGCCUCGGCAGCGCCGGGUGCGUGGCGCUCGUGGGCGCGGCGGCGGCGCUGCCGGCGCUGGAGGUGCUGACCCUCAAGGGCUGCGGUGCGGGCGCGGCCCGGGCGGAGACUGGGCGCGAGCUGGCGCGCGCGCUCGCCGGGUUCCCACGCCUGAGGACGCAGAUGCCAUAGGCUCAAGUCGGG